UGCACCAUGUAAACUCUGCGUGAAUGUGAUUUAAUACGACGCAAUGACAUUUGCUCAGAAGAAAAUCACGAAAACUACUUAUUGUGUAAUUAAAGUUGGGGGAUAGCAGGGCAGAUGUUCCAUCGUCAGUUUUUCAUAUUAGAAAAACGAGGGUUCUUCAAUUGGGUAACUGGGAUGUUUAUUCUACUCGUGCUAAUAGGACACUGGAUAAAUUGAGAUGAAAUAAAAGGGAGGGGUCUGAGAAGGGGUACGAAAACAAAAACUAUUAGAUGGGAACAUCUGUAGGGCGGAUGAUUUGUGGAUUAGGUCUCGACGGAAAAAGCGGGAGGGAGCGUGACAAAGAGAGAUGACGAAGGAGUUGGUUUACUGAUGUGGCACCAGCGCUUCUCGUUAUUGAUUGGAUAUAAAGAUUGUAGAUAUUCCUCAGAUAUCUGGAUUCUGACACUCCACUCCAAACGUCUUCAAGCCUUGUCGUGAUAAAGCACUUUAGGUGCACAUUUUUGCAAGUAAUAUGUUAUUUCCUGCUCUGCUGGCGCUGUCUUCAGUGGUAGGUUCAGAAGAGUGCCCUCACCACUGCCUCUGCUACGAACACUCGGAUUUGGUGGACUGCCGAGCGCGCGGGUUCCUCCAAGUGCCCCAUGGCCUGUCCCAUGGCACCUGGCUGCUGGACCUGGGUGGGAACUUGAUGAUGGAAGUGCGGAGCCGUGCCUUUGCCGGACUUUGGUCACUGCGUGUCCUGGUGCUGUCUGAUAGUGGAAUCCAGCUGCUGCAGCCCGAGGCCUUCUACUCCCUCUCCUUUCUGGAGAAGCUGGACAUGAGCCGUAACAAGCUGCUCCGGCUACCGCCGGACUUCUCCCACAGUCUGUCCUCAGUCCGGGAGCUCCGGCUGGACCACAACACCCUUGAGCGGCUGGAAGUCUCCAGCCUGGAGCACCUGGAGAGCCUGGAGAAGCUGGAUCUCAGCCACAACCACAUCACCUUCCUCCAGCCAGGAGCCUUCCGGGGCCUGUCUCGACUGCGCCACCUCUACCUCCAUGCCAACCAGCUGGGAGCUGUGCGCCAUGGUUCCCUGUCCAUGCUGCCCGUCCUGGAGGCCCUGCAGCUGGGCCAGAACAACAUCACUCACAUCGACACGGAGGCUCUGGCUCCCCUGCACAGCCUCACCCUGCUGGGCCUGGAGGGAAACCAGCUGCAGCACCUUAAGUUCAAGACCUUCCUGAGCCUCCACACGGCCGGCACCCACCUGCAGCUAGCUGGCAACCCGUGGAACUGCGACUGCGACCUGCACCGGGUCUUCAGCAAGCUGCUGAGUGUACGCCACUUGCACGUUGACGACUACCACAACGUGACGUGCCACGAGCCUCUGCAGCUGGCGGGUGCCUCACUGGCGUGGGUGGACAGUCAGUUGUGCAUGGCAGAGACGGCCACCGUGCUGGUCAUCACUGUGACGGUGCUGGUUACCGUGUUGGCAGCUGUGGUUAUGGCUGAGCACACCCGCAAGAAGAACCAACAUGGCAAGAGCUGGGACGCUGAGUCGCAGUCCCAGGAGAGGUGACUGUCAUGGGGGAGGGACACUGAGUGAGUGUGUAAUCAGUUCGGUAGAUGCAUUUUCCCUCACUGAUCUAGGAUCAUAUUGAACUUGUUGGAGGCAUUCAUUCUCUCUUCUACGUCAUCAUGGUCAUAAUGCAUGACCCAAUCUGGUUCCAAGAGUCUGAGAAACAAUAUUUUAGAGUAUGAGCAGUUUUGUAUGAUGUAUCUAGAAGUCUGUGACUUGUGGAACUGGAGGACUUUGACAUUAUUUUUCAGUGUAUCAUUUAAGACCUACCUGAAGUGUUUGACUGCUUACAAUUUAUCCUGUUAAUUUAUUUCUUGAAACACCAGUACAGUGUUUGUCUUUUUCUGUUCAACAUUUUCUCUUCAAUGUCUAUUCCAUUUCUGCACACUGUUGAGAAAAAGGAGUAGUUUCAAAUGUAGGACCUAGUACAGUAGUUAUUUUUGUUUUCAUGAAUGAUGAUUAUUAUCUUCUAUCACAUGGAUAUGUUUGAUAGGGAAUUUAUUGUAUACAGAUGGUAAUAAAGUAUGAUUCUUUUUUUGACUAUCUUGUGA